CUCCUCUGUUGCAUGGUCACGGACUCGCCAACAUGAGUGCCGAGGGCUAUCAGUACCGAGCGCUGUAUGAUUACAAAAAGGAACGAGACGAAGAUAUUGACUUGCACUUGGGUGAUGUCUUGACUGUGAAUAAAGGGUCCUUAGUAGCUCUUGGAUUCAGUGAUGGACAGGAAGCCAGGCCUGAAGAAAUCGGCUGGUUAAAUGGUUAUAAUGAAACCACGGGGGAAAGAGGGGACUUUCCGGGAACUUACGUUGAAUAUAUUGGAAGGAAAAAAAUCUCGCCUCCCACGCCAAAGCCCCGACCACCUCGACCCCUUCCUGUUGCACCAGGUUCUUCGAAAGCUGAAGCAGACGGUGAGCAACAGCAAGCUUUGGCCCUUCCAGAUCUCGCCGAGCAGUUUGCCCCUCCCGACAUUGCUCCGCCUCUUCUCAUGAAGCUAGUGGAAGCCAUUGAAAAGAAAGGUCUGGAAUGUUCAACUCUAUACAGAACACAGAGCUCCAGCAACCCAGCAGAAUUACGACAGCUUCUUGAUUGUGAUGCCGCCUCCAUGGACUUGGAAAUGAUCGAUGUGCAAGUUUUAGGAGACGCUUUCAAACGCUAUCUUGUGGACUUACCGAAUCCUGUCAUUCCAGUAGCCGUUUACAAUGAAAUGAUUUAUUUAGCCCAAGAAGUACAGAGCUCUGAAGAAUAUAUCCAGCUGUUGAAGAAGCUCAUUAGGGCACCUAACAUACCUCAUCAGUAUUGGCUUACGCUUCAGUAUUUGCUAAAACAUUUCUUCAAGCUCUCUCAAACCUCCAGCAAGAAUCUUCUGAGUGCAAGAGUACUCUCUGAACUUUUCAGCCCUCUGCUUUUCAGAUUCCCAGCAGCCAGCUCUGAGAAUACUGAACACCUCAUAAAAGUUAUAGAAAUUUUAAUCUCAACUGAGUGGAAUGAACGACAGCCUGCACCAGCAUUGCCUCCUAAACCACCAAAACCCACUACUGUAGCCAACAACGGUAUGAAUAACAAUAUGUCCUUACAAGAUGCUGAAUGGUACUGGGGAGAUAUCUCAAGGGAAGAAGUGAAUGAAAAACUUCGAGACACAGCUGACGGGACCUUCUUGGUACGAGACGCAUCUACGAAAAUGCACGGUGAUUAUACUCUUACACUAAGGAAAGGAGGAAAUAACAAAUUAAUCAAAAUAUUUCACAGAGAUGGGAAAUAUGGCUUCUCUGACCCACUGACGUUCAACUCCGUGGUUGAACUAAUAAACCACUACCGGAACGAGUCCCUAGCUCAGUAUAAUCCCAAACUGGACGUGAAGUUACUUUAUCCAGUAUCCAAAUACCAACAGGAUCAAGUUGUCAAAGAAGAUAAUAUUGAAGCUGUAGGAAAGAAGUUACAUGAAUAUAACGCUCAAUUUCAAGAAAAAAGUCGGGAAUAUGAUAGAUUAUAUGAAGAUUAUACCCGUACUUCCCAGGAAAUCCAAAUGAAAAGAACAGCUAUUGAAGCCUUUAAUGAAACCAUAAAGAUAUUUGAAGAACAGUGCCAAAGUCAGGAACGGUACAGCAAAGAAUACAUAGAAAAAUUUAAACGUGAAGGCAAUGAGAAAGAGAUACAAAGGAUUAUGCAUAAUUAUGAGAAGUUAAAGUCCCGAAUCAGUGAAAUUGUGGACAGUCGAAGAAGACUGGAGGAAGACUUGAAGAAGCAGGCAGCUGAGUACCGGGAGAUUGACAAACGCAUGAACAGCAUUAAACCAGACCUCAUUCAGCUGAGAAAGACAAGAGACCAAUACUUGAUGUGGUUGACUCAGAAAGGUGUUCGGCAGAAGAAGCUGAAUGAGUGGUUGGGCAAUGAAAAUACGGAAGACCAAUAUUCGCUGGUGGAAGACGAUGAGGAUUUGCCGCACCACGACGAGAAGACCUGGAAUGUGGGCAGCAGCAACAGAAACAAAGCUGAGAACCUACUCCGAGGGAAACGAGACGGCACCUUCCUGGUCCGGGAGAGCAGCAAACAGGGCUGCUACGCCUGCUCCGUAGUGGUGGACGGCGAAGUCAAGCACUGUGUCAUCAACAAAACGGCCACUGGCUAUGGCUUCGCCGAGCCCUAUAACCUGUACAGUUCCCUGAAGGAACUGGUGCUCCACUACCAGCACACGUCCCUCGUGCAGCACAAUGACUCGCUCAACGUCACCCUGGCCUACCCGGUGUACGCGCAGCAGAGACGAUGAAGCUUGGCCUCGGAUCCUGCUCCUGACCUUCAGCCACCCUGAGGCCUCUGCAAAGCACAGGGCUCCUCUCCGGCCUGACCUGUCAUCGAGCUGCGGAAACGAAGCCAUCUGCCUUCAGAUGGGAC